UCCUUCUGUUUUCUGUUAUAUAUAUAUAUAUAUAUAUAUCUGUGUGUGUGUGUGUGUGUGUAUAUAUAUAUAUAUAAUGGAGAUAAUUAGAAACCUAAAUUAAACAAAUAACUAAAUAAAUGAACAAACCACAAAAAGCACUUACAUAUAUGCACGCACACAGAAACACACUCUUGUAGUGCCUUGUUGAACACUCUGCUUGACUUUUAAGUGCUUGAGGUUCCUAUAAAUUAUGUCCACAUAUAGAUAUGCAUGGGUUUGUAUGUAUUAGAAUACCGUGUAAUAGGGAACCGGGUCCGGAUAUGGACCCGGUACUCAUGGGCACGAGAACUGAGGACAGGCUCGGUUCCCUAGGCGGGUCUCUCUUCCUCCCUCUUUUAUUCUAAUCACUUAUUGUAAUUGUUGAUUAAGUGAAUGAAGAUUUCUCUCUCCUCGGGUUGCGGUUUUGCCCCUAGGUUAGAGCUUUCCCGUGGUUUUUCACCUCUUUCCGAGGUUUUCCACGUAAAUCCUGUGUUUGUUUUCCUUUCUCUUCUUCCGCUGUGUGUUUAUACAUGGUAUCAGAGCCAGUCCCGCCGCCGACGCCGCCCGCCGUCCCACCGCCGCCCGCCGUUGCCUGACGUGCGUCGCCGCCGUCCGUUGGUCUGACACCGACCGACGUCGCCUGGGUGUGCCGACGCCGCUCGCUGUUCGACGCCGCCCGCCAUCGCCUGGCCUGUUCCCCGCCCUGUGCGCACUUACAUAUAUGCACACACACAAAAACACACUCUUGUAGUGCCUUGUUGAAGUAGUGCCUUGUUGAACACUCUGCUUGACUUUUAAGUGCUUGAGGUUCCUAUAAAUUAUGUCCACAUAUAGAUAUGCAUGGCUUUGUAUGUGUUAGAAUACCGUGUAAUAGGGAACCGGGUCCGGAUAUGGACCCGGUAUUCAUGGGCAUGGGAACCGAGGACGGGCUCGGUUCCCUAGGCGGGUCUCUCUUCCUCCCUCUUUUAUUCUAAUCACUUAUUGUAAUUGUUGAUUAAGUGAAUGAAGAUUUCUCUCUCCUAGGGUUGCGGUUUUGCCCCUAGGUUAGAGCUUCCCCGUGGUUUUUCACCUCUUUCCGAUGUUUUCCACAUAAAUCCUGUGUUUGUUUUCCUUUCUCUUCUUCCGCUGCGUGUUUAUACAUGGUAUCAGAGCCAGUCCCGCCGUCGACGCAGCCCGCCAUCCCACCGCCGCCCGCCGUCCCACCGCCGCUCGCCGUUGCCUGACGUGCGCCGCCGCCGUCCGCCGGUCUGACACCGCCCGACGUCGCCUGGGUGCACUGACGCCGCUCGCUGUUCGACGCCGCCCGCUGUCGCCUGGCCUGUUCCCCGCCCUGUGCCUGCUUGUCGGAGAUCUCGCUGCUCUGCCGUUGCCCGUCCUCCAUUGUAGGCAAAGUGCCACAGCGCCCGGGUCCUCCUGCGUUUUUCUGGUAUUCUCUGACUGUUGGAUUUUUUUUUGUGGUCGUUAUGGCUGAAGAGAUGAAAAUUUGCCUGUUCAAGUCACCUCUAUUCGGCUGAACAAAGACAAUUAUCUCUCUUGGUCUGCUGCGCUUGAAAUUGGGAUCACUAGUCGCGGUCACUGGGGAGAAAUCUGCGCCUAGUAAAACUGAUCCUGGAUGGGCGACUUGGGCGUUGGAAGAUAGUCAAGUUAAGGUUUGGGUUAUUAGUUCUGUUUCUGCUGAUAUUCAGCCCCUUAUUUUGCGAAAGUUGACCUCAUAUGACAUGUGGACUGUGCUUGCAAGGAUGUAUGGCCGUAAAAAGAGAGUCCUGCAUACAUUCCAGAUUAAACGCAACAUCUAUUCUCUUAAACAGGGUGACUUGUCUGUGGCAUCCUUCUGUGCAGCCCUGAAGACUAAAUGGGAGGAACUGGAUUAUCAUGUGAAUGAUGACUGGAAUUGUGGUUCUGAUUAUGAACUGUAUUGGUAGAAAGAAUGGAUGGACCGCACUUUUAUUUUUCUGGGAGGUCUGCGUGAUGAGUUUGAAUCCAUUAGGAGUCAAAUUCUCAACUGUGACGAGACCCCUGGAAUUGAGGAGGUGUAUGCUCGGGUGGAAUCUGAGAACAACGCCGUCAAGUGAUGCAUAUUGACUCUAGUCAUGGUAGUUCUCCCUCUGCUUUUGUUAGCCAUGCUCCAGGGACUGGGCAGCGUCCUAUUCGGCGUUGCAGUCACUGUAACAAGUUGGGACACUCAGUUGAUUUUUGUUGGGAUCUUCAUCCUGAGAAGAGGCUCACCUGUGGUCGUCCUCCCUCUGGUAGGCAGGGUCCUCCUGUGUCUGAUACUAGCUCUCCCAGUGUUGAAAAACCGAAGCUUUCCUCUGACCAAAUCAAGGAAUUACAAGCUUACAUCAGCCGGUUAUCUACUACUAAGGAGGAAGCCUCCACGUCUGAGGGAGCUCAGUUAGCCCAAGCUCUUGUUGCCACAAGUGAUCAAGGACUUGGUGACGGGGAAGAAGAUUGGGAUUGGUUCGGUUAUUGAUGGCCUCUACAGACUGCCCGUACAGGUUGCCACUGCUCUCAUCUCAGCCACUAGCAGACAGUUGACGGGCGUGGAGGACAGGUCUAGCAUUAUGAGAUGGCAUGAGCGCCUUGGACAUCUCCCAUUCCAGUUGAUUAAGAAGUUGUUUCCUAGGUUGUUUACUUUUGUUUCCAUGGACUCAUUCACAUGUGAAGUAUGUCAGUUUGCUAAGCAUGUUAGGGCUUCGUACCCUAUUUCUAUCAAUAAAACCACUCGUCCUUUU